UUUUAGGGUUUUUUUUUCUUUUUCUUUUCUUCUUCUUCUUUAGCUCUGCUCUCUCUCUCUCUCUUCUUCUUCUCAAUUUCCCCAAAAUAAAUUCCUCUGAAAGGUUAUAAAUUUCACUCUCCCCGUAUACAAUUUCCAUAAGUAUACAAUAAGCCGAUCUUGGCUUCUUUUUGUUUCUUCUGCAUCUCGAUACUUGGGUUGGGUGUGAGGCUGAUUUCGUUCUCAUCUGUUGUUGAAGUCUUUGGCUUGAAAGCAAAUAUGGAAGGGCAUCCUAUACCACGCACUGUCGAAGAGGUCUUUAGCGACUUUCGUGGUCGUAGAGCUGGUCUCAUCAAGGCUCUCUCUACUGAUGUUCAGAAGUUUUACCAUCAGUGUGACCCUGAGAAGGAAAACUUGUGUCUUUACGGACUUCCGAAUGAGACAUGGGAGGUUAAUCUCCCCGUCGAGGAGGUUCCCCCCGAGCUUCCUGAACCAGCUUUAGGCAUCAAUUUCGCAAGGGAUGGUAUGCUAGAGAAAGAUUGGAUAUCUUUGGUUGCAGUUCACAGUGAUUCGUGGCUUAUCUCUGUUGCAUUCUACUUUGGUGCACGUUUUGGAUUUGGUAAGAAUGAGAGGAAGAGGCUCUUCCAGAUGAUAAAUGAUCUCCCAACCAUUUUUGAGGUUGUGACUGGCAAUGCAAAGCAAUCCAAGGAUCAAUCUGCUAACCACAACAGUAGCAGAAGCAAAUCUAGCGGUGCCAAGGUAGAAGCUUCUGUUUACUCCAUUCUUUUUUCUUUUCCCUCACAGUCUAGCUAUCUCUGUUGGGUUCUUAUCUUUAUUUACUCCUUUGUUUCCUCAUGCAGCCUCGUCAUUCUGAAUCUCACACUAAGGCUUCAAAGAUGUCCCCACCACCAAAAGAAGAUGAUGAGAGUGAGGAGGAAGAUGACGAACAAGGUGCAGUUUGUGGUGCGUGUGGAGAUAACUAUGGAGGAGAUGAGUUCUGGAUAUGCUGCGAUGCUUGUGAGAAAUGGUUCCAUGGAAAAUGUGUGAAGAUCACACCAGCAAAGGCUGAGAACAUCAAACAUUACAAAUGCCCGAGUUGCAGUACCAGCAAGAAAAUCAAAGCUUGAAAGGUGACAAUAACAUUUAGAUGCUGUGAAAGAGGAGAAAGUUUUCACAGUUGACGAAAAGAACAGAACAAGAGUUUAGCUGUGGGAAGAAGAAGAAACAAAAGGCUUCUGAUUUCGUAGUUUUAAUGGGAUUGAGACAGCUUACAGUUAGUAAUGUCUCUUUCUCUUUUUCUUUUCUUUUUUUGCUGUUAAUGUUAUGACUAAUUUGUCUUAUGUUUCUGAGAAAAUUCUGUCUUUAAUCACUCUCUAGUUUGUGUCAACGAGUUUCUUCUUCCUGGUUAGUUGCUUUACAAUUUUACAGCUUUGGCUUCUAAAGCCUGAUGAAACUAAUUGAGUUGAUUA